AUGGAAUUCUAUCCCAAGACAACUCCAGUAACCCCGCGGCAGAAGCCGAUGAAGGUGCUUGUUCUGGGGUUGCCGCGUACUGGUACCACAUCUAUUUGCGCUGCCUUGACUCUGCUGGGCUUCAAUCCGUAUCACUAUAACGAGGUGCUAAAAAACAAUAAUAAUAAGCACUUCGACCUCUGGUUGAAGGCUGUACGGGCAAAGUACGACGGCAUCGGUGAGCCGUUCAAGGGAGCAGAUUUCGAUCAAUUGUUGUGGAACUAUGAUGCAGUUUCAGACGACCCUUGCUGUCUCUUUGUCGAGGAGCUGGUUGCCGCGUACCCCGAUGCAAAGGUGAUCCUCACCACGCGGCCAAGUGACGCAUGGCUCAAGUCCAUGCAAAAGUUGAUUCUCGAGAUUCUUUCGUGGAAAUCCUGGCCCGUUCUCUGCUAUUUUGACCGCGAGUUUUCUGCUCCGUACCAGGCCCUUCUUAAUCGUACCACUUCCGUCUUAUCUAAGGGUCUCCCGCCCUGCGAACCAUCCUCCCAGCCUGCCCUUGUUCAAUCAUUCGAGGAACAUAACGAACGCGUUCGUGCCGCCGUACCAAAGGAACGACUGCUAGAAUUCAGGGCAGACCAGGGCUGGGGACCAUUGUGCGACUUUCUCGGCGUGCCUGUUCCAGAAGGCAUAUCAUACUUUUUAUAUAAUGUGCUCUACCACAAACCGAAAAUGACCGGCUGCAUGCACCAAACAGGGCCACUAGAUGAGAUGUAUGAAACUUCUCGGUUGUCCACCCAGCUGGUUGGAGCUAGCGUCGGGUAG